AUGCCACCGCCUGUUGCUCAAAUCUUCUCCUGCCGUCCACUCGGGGUCCUUUUCAGCUCAAUCAUCCGGUAUAUUCUAAGCACUCGCUGCGUGAGAAAGUUGUUUCCGAUGGGAUGGGGCAGCAUCUACAAGCGGCGGGUGAAAGUUUUCACGUUGGCUAUUGUAAUCUACUUGGAUUACAAGGCCCUGCAAAUGAGAGAGAAAUGGACAAAGAAGUCAAAGAGGGCUGAUCUUUGGGAGAAAGCUCAUGAAUGUAAUGCUAAGCGUGUCCUCAAUUUGAUAGUGGAGUUAGAAGGGUUAUGGGUCAAAUUAGGACAGUAUCUAUCCACACGUGCCGAUGUGCUUCCCCCAGCCUAUAUACGCCUUCUAAGGCAGCUCCAAGACUCGCUUCCUGCACGCCCCCUAAAAGAGGUUUGCCAGACUAUAAACAGAGAAUUGGGGAAAUCCAUGGAAGAUCUCUUCUUAACUUUUGAUAAUAUUCCACUGGCUACAGCAUCGAUUGCUCAAGUUCAUCGAGCGACUCUGAGUGAUGGGCAGAAAGUUGUUGUUAAAGUUCAACACGACGGCAUCAAGGAAAUCAUAUUGGAGGAUUUGAAAAAUGCUAAGUCAAUAGUUGAUUGGAUUGCUUGGGCGGAACCACAAUAUAACUUCAAUCCCAUGAUAGAUGAAUGGUGCAAAGAAGCGCCCAAGGAACUUGACUUCAACCAUGAGGCUGAAAAUACUCGGAAAGUUUCUAGGAACCUUUGCUGCAAAAGUAAUAGUGAUGGUAACAACCUAAAUCGUGUGGACGUCUUAAUUCCAGAAAUUAUUAUGUCAACAGAGAGAGUACUCAUUUUGGAAUAUAUGGACGGCGUACGAUUAAAUGACUCUGAAGCUCUGCAAGCUUUAGGUGUAGACAAACAAAAACUUGUUGAGGAAAUUACACGUGCAUAUGCACACCAAAUUUAUGUUGAUGGGUUCUUCAACGGUGACCCUCACCCUGGAAAUUUCCUUGUGAGCAAGGCUCCUCCACAUCGUCCAAUUUUGCUAGAUUUUGGGCUCACAAAGGGGCUGUCAUCUUCUAUGAAACAAGCUUUAGCAAAAAUGUUUCUGGCAUCUGCUGAGGGCGACCAUGUGGCGUUGCUAUCUUCUUUUGCAGAAAUGGGACUUAAGCUGCGGUUAGACAUUCCUGAGCAAGUGAUGGAAAUAUCGAAUGUGUUCUUCCGUAAUUCAACCCCAGCAAAUGAAGCUCAACAAAACGUGAAAGCUUUUGCUGAGCAAAGGAGCAAAAAUAUGAAGGUCCUUCAGGAGAAGAUGAAGCUCAAUGAGAAAGAAGUAAAACGUUUUAAUCCUGUUGAUGCUUUCCCAGGCGAUAUCAUUAUAUUCAGCAGAGUCAUUAAUCUCCUCAGAGGGCUUUCAACUACAUUGGAUGUACGCAUAGUCUAUUUGGAUAUCAUGAGACCAUUUGCCGAAUCUGUUUUACAAUGCAAUGUGGAUAUAGGGCCAGCAUUUAAUGCAAACUGGAUCCAUGAUACUCCAGUCCUUUCUACUGUUGAAGACAAGCUGCGGAAGCUCUUAAUUGAGCUCGGCAAUGCUAAUAAAGUUCUUGGAAUCCAGGUGUGUGCCUAUAAGGACGGUGAAGUAAUUAUUGACACUGCUGCUGGGGUGCUUGGAAGAUAUGAUCCAAGACCAGUUCAGCCUGAUAGUUUAUUCCCUGUAUUUUCUGUAUCAAAAGGAAUUACAUCAGGAAUGGUUCAUUGGCUGGUUGAUAAGGGGAAGCUGAAGCUUGAGGACAAAGUUGCGAAUAUUUGGCCAGAAUUUGGAUCCAGUGGUAAAGAUCAAAUAAAGGUCCAUCAUGUGCUUAAUCACACAUCUGGUUUGCACAAUGCCUUGGCCAGUCUUACUCGUGAAAACCCUCUGCUCAUGACUGAUUGGGAUCAGUGUUUGAAUUGCCUUACAAUGACGGCACCAGAGACUGAACCUGGCCAUGAGCAGCUGUACCAUUAUUUGUCUUUUGGCUGGUUGUGUGGUGGUGUCGAGUCCCGGCUUGCGACCCUCAUGUCUGACAUGGACGACAUCAAGAAACUUGCCGACCUCAGCACACGGCGGGACCUACCAUCUACCUUCCAAUCCCAAAUCCAGAAUGUGUCCCAGAUGGCAUCCACCCUCCCUGCCUUGUUCAACACGCUUAAUGCCCGCCGGGCCAUAAUCCCCGCUGCCAAUGCCCACUGCUCAGCCCGUGCCCUGGCCCGCUACUACGCUGCCCUCGUUGACCGGGGCACGAUCCCCCCUCCACAUUCCUCUUCAACCCAGCCCAGGCUGGGUACCCACCUCCACACCCCCAAAUUCCCAUCCCCAAAGCCUGAGAAAAAGGAAAAGAAAUCCAAAAGACAUGCACGCAAUUCUGACCGCUCGAUCAACGGAAAGAAUUACACCGAAGUCCCAACCAGCAAUAUCGACGGAUUUGGCGAAGGCACGAGAAAUGAUAAGAUUUUUAAUAAUGGAAACAUUCACGAUGCAUUUACAGGGAGUGGAGAGUACGAGAGUUUGGCGCUUCCAGGUCGGGAGUUCGGGCUUGGGUUCAAGAGGUCUUAUUCGGGCGAUGGUGAGUUGAUAGGGUUCGGGCACUCGGGCAUGGGGGGGUCGACUGGGUACUGUGAUGUAAAAAACAGGUUUGCUAUUGCUGUGACUCUGAAUAAAAUGAACUUGGGAGGUGUGACCGCAAAGGUGGUGCAGUUGGUUUGUUCGGAGCUUAAUAUUCCUUUGCCAGCAGAUUUUUACAGGUUUACGGAGAGGCUAACAACAAGUGAUGACUCAAAUGUAGAUGUACCUUUGAUAAAUUAA